AUGGAUGUCAUACAAAGUGAACUACACAGAGCUGCACUGGAGUGGAAUGCUCCCAGAAUUCGGCCGUCUAGCAAUGUGGAAUCUCCGUCGGAAAAGCCAGAUGUACUCUAUUUCAUUCCAGCAUCAGCAAAGAGUCAAAAUUAUAUGGCUCCAGUUGACAUCGACGAGAUUGAAAUCGCAAAGGAUACGUGUGCCGAGCAACCACAAGUGAGUGGAUGUUGUCCUUACUUUAAAGACUUCUGCGAACUAAUCAUGGAGGAUGAAGGUCUAGAACCAGCUACAACAGCAGAGGAAGCUCUCCAACUCUACGUAGAUUUACUAGACCACAUUAAUGCCCUACCAUAA